UGUCCCGACGACGCACCCGUGCGAAAAAGAAUGUUGUACGCCAGUUCUGUACGCGGCCUUAAAGCAUGCCUGGGCCUGGACAGUCUGAUGCAGGUACAGGCGGCCGACAUAUCUGACUUGGAUGAGAAGGUAAUCAAGCACGAACUCAUGUCCCACCAAAGAAUGUAA